AUGUCCUCAAAGUCAACGAGGGAGAAAAAGCUCGAGGAGACAGUCAAAAAUCUCACCAAGCAGGUCACAAUGCUCAAAGAGCAUGUAAGCGCCCUUCAAGCGACUACACAAGAGAAGAAAGGCUGUCAGGACAGUGACAACAUCAAGUUGAAUGGAGAUGGUAUGCCGAGGCUACUUACCAGUGACGAGGUCUUCGAGAAAGUCGUGCAAUACCAGGAGCAUCAACAGGCAAAAGCAGCCAAGAAGGAAACAAGGAAAGCAGCACGGGAGGCACGAACACAAGAGAUGACAGUGUGGAUUCAAGAGGAUGAGGCAAGAAAAAAUCGAAACAAAGCCAAGACCGAGCAGUGGAAGGUAGCUGUUAAAGAGUGGGAGGCCGAGCAAGUGUUGGCGAAGCAAGAAAAGCGAAAACCACGAUGGAAGAAGCCUGUCCGUGGACCACUCGAGAAGCCUUGUCCUAAGCCAAAGAAUCCAAGGAGAAAUGGUGGAAUUGUUGACAAGGAGGAUGGGCAAGAUCAAGGAGAGUUCAUUGACAUUCACGAAGGGUUGAUUGGUGAUGACAGCGAGUACGAGGAUGACGACGAGUAG